AUGACAGAACCACGUCUAUUUGCACUCACCACCUUAUUCAGUGCCUGUUUCUGUUCCAGUAACUUCAGUUUCCAAAACGUCACCAUCAAAUGGACCCUACAAACCCACCAAUACGUCACACCCGGAAAACCCACCAACAACCUCAAGGAACUGUUUCCUGAAAACGGAGUAACCGAUGGACUCACCACCGUCUUUAUCAAUGGAUCAGUUAACACUCUUUAUCAAAAUUCUGUGACAGAUAUACCCGAUCUAGCCUGUUUGGACAUGACUCGUGUGAAUUUACAAAAAAUAGAACCCGGUGCUUUCAAGAAGUUGCCAGUUUUGAGUCACUUGGAUUUUGGGGAGAAUAGCCUUGAAGAGAUUCAAAGUGGUACUUUUGUUGAUUUACAAUCGUGUCACUACAUCAAUGUUUCAAGUAACCAGAUUUCAGUGCUUGAGGUUGGUGCUUUCAGAAAUUUAUCAAAUUUGAGUAGGUUGUAUCUAUCCAAGAACAAGAUUGAUAAAGUAGAGAGAGGGGUUUUUGAUAACGUGACAGUGCGCAUUUUGGACUUGUCUCAGAAUGUAGUGAGUAAACUUGAGGAUGGGUUUCUGGACAACGUGUUACCUGUGAAGGGGUUGAAUGUAUAUUUGGUACUAAGUGACAAUAAACUAGAAGAAGUGAAUCCACGGGUUUUUAACCACAGUUACAUCACACAUCUAUACUUGGCUAACAAUUCAGUUUCAAGUUUGCGACUAGGAGAUUUUCAAAAUUUACCAAAACUGGAAUAUUUGCAACUACGUGGUAACAAACUGGAGAACAUUGAAAACGUGUUCAACAAUAUGAAGCUCAUCAGUCUGGAUUUAAGCCACAACGAAAUUUCCUUCAUUGCUAGUGAUGCUUUCAGAAAUAUGACCAAACUGAGAAUCGUUCGACUAAACCACAACAAAAUCAAGUUCUGGGAUAACAACUGGUUUCAAGACUCUGAAGCCAUAACAACAAUAUUUGCUUCUAAUAAUUUGAUUGGAGAACUUCCAGAGAAAGCGUUCAAAAAUUAUCAGAACACGUUCUCGAUUGACUUGGCAGCUAAUAGAAUCGAAAAUAUCAAGGACCUGGCUUUCUAUAACCCCGAAAGGGGGUUUACAAGACUCCACUAUUUGAUUCUCCGUGACAAUCUUAUCCAGAAGUGGAACAAAUUUUUGCUGGUCAAUCGAGCCAAUAUCACUGUGUAUGGAAUCGACCUGAGGAAGAACAAACUUGAGUGUUUUCAAGGCAGUGUAAAUGAUAAUUUUGGAAAAGUCGAAGUGGUGUGGCUUAGUGAUAACGCGUUUGGGGCAAGUUGUGGGAUCGAAAUUGAGCAAUACGUUGAUAAACAUAAAGCUUAUCACACUCCAGAAGAACUGGAAGAAGAAAUGAUUUAUUAA